GAGACUUGUCAGCGUUUUUUAACGUAAGUGGGUCUCCAUAGUUUGAGUGACGUAAAAUUUCUGUUGUUAGUUUUUGGAGAAUAAACAAUUAAUAAAUGAUUUUAUUGAAAUAGAAAUAGCAAUUUUGUAUUAUUUCCUAGCAGAAUUCAUUGAAUUUUCAAUGCUUCGAUAAACGCACGAAAAAACUUACGACAACCAUCUUAGCUCUUGCGAACGUGGGAGAAAAGCAUUGUUCUUUUACAGCAUGAUUAUGCAAUUUCCUGAGUUUUCCUCCGAUAAAGACAUCAACAGCAUCGCUCCACACCUGGCACCGACAGACGACGCGACAUGUCAAAUGACAAUAAUACUGUCACACACGAAGAAAAUGAAGCAAUCAACAGUACUGAUGGAGAUAAAAGAAGGAGAAAAUUUCAAGUGUGAGAUUGCAUUUGAUGAGAUUGAUAUGAUAAUGGUACAUGCACCAGAGCAAACUGUCAAACAGCACUCCAGCCAACAACAUUUUCCUCUUGUAUUCUUUGACUUGGAAUCAAGAGGACUGGCUAGAGAUUCUCAUAUUACACAGCUGCCAUGUGUGGUGAAGAAAAGUUUCCCAUAUAUACCUUUCUAAAAAUAUCUAUAACAGCAAAAGACUCAGAAAUAACAGAAAUCGAAAAUGUUAAUGGAAAUAUGUUUAGCAAAAAUUAAAAAUGUAGAAGUCAAUCCUUGGAAAAUGGAUGCUCCUCUUGAUUUUGUUUCAAAAUUUCAAACUAAAGUAAUUCUGCAUUUACAAUAGCAAUGUAUGAAUGUUAACAAAUAUGAAUGUUUAUUGUAUACUAUACUCAAUUUAACAUGUUCUGUUUAUGAGAGAGAGAGAGAGAGAGAGAGAUUAUUGCAAGAAUUGGAAAGUAACUGCAAAAAUUAUGUGCAAACUGCACCAGUAAUGAUGUACACGGUGGUGAUAUUGUUCUCUGAAUUUUGAUAUAAAUUAAUGUACAUGUACCAAAUGAAAUUAUCCUAUUAAAUUUCCAUUUCAAAUGAAAAUGAGUGAAUUUCAA